GAGGAGGCACUCAGAGGUGUCUGAUUCUCCUCUCAGUGAGCUCCACCGUCCUUUCCUUCAGCCCUCAGGAACAGCCAUCAUGAGCGUCACGUACAAGUCCUCGUCCUCCGGCAGCUUUGGCGGCGGCAGUCUGAGCGGCGGGCUCGGAGGGUUCGGAGGCGGCAGCAUCAGGAAGAGCUCUGGCUUCUCCAGCUUCUCGGCAGCAGCGGCGCCCAUGGGCUCCAGCCGGAUGAGCAGUGUGUCCAUCCGGCGCUCCGGCGGGGGCGGCUUCGGUAUGGGUGGAGGUGGUGGAGGUUUAGCUUUGGGCGGAGGUGGAAGUAGCUUCAGUAUGGGCGGAGGUGGCUUCGGUAUGGGCGGUGGCGGAGGUGGCUACAGUAUGGGCGGUGGCGGAGGUGGCUUCGGUAUGGGCGGUGGCGGAGGUGGCUUCGGUAUGGGCGGUGGAGGCUUCAGUAUGGGUGGAGGCGGAGGCUUUGCUGCUGCUCCCAUCACGGCUGUGACCGUCAACCAGAGCCUGCUGGCUCCCCUGAACCUGGAGAUUGACCCCAACAUCCAGACCGUCCGCACCCAUGAGAAGGAGCAGAUCAAGACCCUCAACAACCGCUUCGCCUCCUUCAUCGACAAGGUGCGUUUCCUGGAGCAGCAGAACAAGAUGCUGGAGACCAAGUGGAGCCUCCUGCAGGACCAGACCACCACACGUUCCAACAUCGACGGCAUGUUUGAGGCCUACAUUGCUAACCUGCGCAGACAGCUGGACGGCCUGGGCAACGAGAAGAUCAAGCUGGAAGGAGAGCUGAAGAACAUGCAGGGGCUGGUCGAGGACUUCAAGAACAAAUAUGAAGAUGAAAUCAACAAACGGGCCGCAGUGGAGAACGAGUUUGUCCUGCUCAAGAAGGAUGUGGACGGAGCCUACAUGGGGAAGGUGGAGCUGGAGGCCCGGGUGGAUGCCCUCCAGGACGAGAUCAACUUCCUCAGAGCCAUCUACGAGGCGGAGCUGUCUGAGCUGCAGGGGCAGAUCAAGGACACCUCAGUGGUGGUGGAGAUGGACAACAGCCGCAACCUGGACAUGGACUCCAUCGUGGCUGAGGUCCGCGCCCAGUACGAGGAAAUCGCCAACCGCAGCAGGGCAGAGGCUGAGACCUGGUACAAGCAGAAGUUUGAGGAGAUGCAGAGCUCUGCAGGGCAGUAUGGAGAGGACCUGCGCAGCACCAAGUCAGAGAUCGCAGAGCUCAACCGCAUGAUCAGCCGGCUCCAGAACGAGAUUGAAGCCGUCAAAGGACAGCGUGCUAACCUGGAGGCCCAGAUAGCCGAGGCGGAGGAGCGUGGAGAGCUGGCAGUGAAGGAUGCCAGACUCCGCAUCAGCGACCUGGAGGCAGCGCUCCAGAGAGCCAAGCAGGAUAUGGCACGCCAGGUGAGAGAGUACCAGGAGCUGAUGAACGUCAAGCUGGCCCUGGACAUCGAGAUCGCCACCUACAGGAAGCUGCUGGAAGGAGAGGAGACCAGGAUCUCGUCAGGCGGUGGAACUGCCACCAUUCACAUCCAGACCUCAGGUGGUGGAGGAGGCGGGGGUGGCUCCGGAGCAGGGUUUGGGAUGGGAGGAGGAGGAGGUGGAGGAGGGUUUGGCUACGGGGGCGGCAGCGGGAUGUCCAUGUCCCUGGGAGGAGGAGGAGGAGGGGGUGCGGGCUACGGCAUGAGCAGCAUGAGCAGCGGAGGAGGAGGCUUCGGCAGCCUGAGCGGUGGAGGAGGAGGGAUGUCCAUGUCUCGCUCCUCAGUGGUCCAGAGCAGCAGACGCUACUAGCACAGCUGUCUGCCCCUUCCUCUCUCCUUCUUCCAUCUUCUAUUCAUCCCCUCUUCACAGACCUAGCUAACUCACUUACACUCCUCAUGUUCCCGCCAGGCAGUCCCCUCUGACCUCCAGCCCAGCAGCCAGCAUGUGCUGCAGGGGCACACACACAGACUGGCCACUAGGGGAUGCUGUUCAGCUACAGCCCACUCUUGUCUCUGAACACUUAUAACUAACUAGGACAGAGAGCAGUAUUUUCUGAACUACACCAGCAAAGGGACUUCCUCCUCCCUCAGUCAACCAGGGUGUACAGAGACACAGCAGUGGUCCCUUUGGCCAUGAUAGAGCAUUCUUAGUGUGUCUAGACAGUUGUAACCAGAUUCCUCUGUUGUGAUUGGCCAUGUGAUGAACAUGCUGUAAACAUGCUGAAUAAACCCUGAGCUCUAGAUCAA